GCCAUUUCUGUGAACAUCAUCGGAGCGUUGCGCGCCGGAGCUCGGUCGCAUGGCAUCGCCAUGCGCUCGUUGCAGCGAUGCUUUUCAAAUCGUCUUACGGCGCUCUUCCCACGAAUUGAGGUGAUGACCGCGUCGCCAUGGCGAAACACCGCCGGGAGUGCCUUGAAGGCUCGAUGUUUCGCGGACCAGGUAGCAAUUCAAUCUGAUGGCGGCGUUCCAAGCCGCGCAGAUCCGGAGCCUUUUAGGCCGCAUCCUAUGAGUCUGAGGUUUGCUUACACCACCACGCCCUUCUUUCCCAUCUGGCGCAACAACUUGCGGGACCUCUGGAAGCGAAAGAAGGGCAAACGUCUGGGAAAGGGGAUGUCCGGUGACAAAGGUCUUUACUGGCGAUCCAAACGACAGAAGGGCAAGCAGACGCGCACCUGGGAACGUGGCAACUUUCCGCUCUUCAAACGUUUGCCCAGAUGGCCUGAGGCACACAUGAGAGGUAAAAGACCUGAACUGGAUCCCCUGAACCUCUCUAAGCUGCGCUACUUCAUCCAGAAGGGCCGGCUGGACACGCGCUUUCCGAUCACCCAACGUCACCUGCAAGACUCCAGGUGCGUGAAGCGGGUGAAGUUGGGCGUGAAGCUCUUUAAUGUCAAUGACUUUCCUUUUCCCUACAAGAUCGAUAUCGAGGUGGCUUCGGCGGACCAGAGCUCCAUCGACGCCAUCCGCGCGGUGGGCGGCAGCGUGACGGUGGUCUAUAUGGAGAAGGUGGCUUUGCGUGCGCACUUGAAACCCUGGAAAUACGAGGUGUUACCACGCACGGCGCGACCUGGAUUGAAGAUGACCACCUACAUGGAGAAAAUGAAAGCCCGUGGAGCCAUUGUCAGGUACAUCAAACCCCUGUGGCUCAUCGAAGAAGAGAAGCGGCUCCAGACGCAGCUCAGGGAGUUGCAGGGCGAGGAUGGUGUGCAAGUGGCGCGGAAGAUGGUCGAAUCCCGUGAGUACGUCAAGAAGACCAUUCUUGGAUGAGCCAAAAAGACGGGCCGCCGAAAA